UUCAACGUGACUCGGCCUGCGGAAACGAGCGGAAGUCCCGGUUCACACGCCACACGCAGAGCAUCUUGGGGGCCGGAAGAAGGUGGAAACUCCUGCGGCGGACCAGAGCGCCCGCUAACUCGCGUGGUUGUGAGAGUCUGUUGCUGGAGCGCGUGGCUCGUGCGCAGAGGUCAGAGGUGGCCGAAAGCCCGACGUCGGUGUAGAACCUGAGACCGCGAGUGAUGGUGGGGAGGUCCCGGCGGCGCGAAGCGGCCAAGUGGGCAGCCGUGCGCGCCAAGGCAGGUCGUGGCCCAGCGGACGAAAAUGAAGACGACUUAGAAUUGCCACCAUCACCGGGGGACUCCAGCUACUACCAAGAUAAGGUAGAUGAUUUCCAUGAGGCCCGAUCUAGGGCCGUCUUGGCUAAGGGCUGGAGCGAAGUAGAGAGUGGGGACGAGGAGGAGGAUGGCGAGGAGGAGGAGGAGGUGCUAGCCCUAGAUGUUGCCGAUGAGGACGACGAAGAUGGAGAGAGUGAGGGGGAUGAGGAGGAUGACGAUGAUGAUGGUGGGAGCUCCGUGCAGAGUGAGGCUGAGGCCUCUGUGGAUCCCAGCCUGUCUUGGGGUCAGAGGAAAAAACUUUACUAUGACACGGACUAUGGUUCCAAGUCCCGAGGCCGGCAGAGUCAGCAAGAAGUAGAGGAGGAGGAAAGAGAGGAGGAAGAGGAGGCACAGCUGAUUCAGCGGCGCCUAGCCCAGGCCCUGCAAGAGGACGAUUUUGGCGUCACCUGGGUGGAGGCCUUUGCAAAACCGGUGUCUCAGGUAGAUGAGGCUGAGACACGGGUUGUGAAGGAUUUGGCGAAAGUUUCAGUGAAAGAGAAGCUAAAGAUGCUGCGGAAGGAAUCACCAGAGCUCCUGGAGUUGAUAGAAGACCUGAAAGUUAAGUUGACAGAGGUGAAGGAUGAGCUGGAGCCAUUGCUACAGUUGGUGGAGCAAGGGAUCAUUCCACCUGGAAAAGGAAGCCAAUACCUCAGGACCAAGUACAACCUCUAUUUGAACUACUGCUCCAACAUCAGUUUUUAUUUGAUCCUGAAAGCUAGGAGAGUCCCUGCACAUGGACAUCCUGUCAUUGAAAGGCUUGUUACCUACCGGAAUUUGAUCAACAAGCUGUCAGUUGUGGAUCAGAAGCUGUCUUCUGAGAUUCGUCAUCUGCUCACACUUAAGGAUGAGGCUGGAAAGAAAGAACUGAAUCUGAAAGCAAAAUCCAUCAAGGCCAAACCAAAAUCUGUUUCAGAGACGACUGCUGCUGCUGCCUCUGCUGUUACAGAUCUUUCUGAUGAUUCUGAUUUUGAGGAGAAAGCUGUGCUGAAAUACUAUAAAGAAACAGAAGACAGGCAAAACUUGAAGAGAAAGAAAGAAGAAAGUAGUACUGAAGAACAGGCUCUUGAAGAUCCAAAUGCAAAGAGAGCCAUUACCUAUCAGAUUGCUAAAAAUAGGGGACUUACACCCAGGAGAAAGAAGAUUGAUCGCAAUCCCAGAGUGAAACACCGGGAGAAGUUCAGAAGAGCCAAAAUUCGCAGAAGAGGCCAGGUUCGUGAAGUUCGUAGAGAAGAGCAGCGCUACAGUGGUGAACUGUCUGGCAUUCGUGCAGGAGUUAAAAAGAGCAUUAAGCUUAAAUAAAGUUUUUGCUUAGCUUAAGUUUUUUGGCAAUAAUUUUAGAUAAAUAAAUUUUUUACUUUUAA